AUGGGCUCGGUGUCUAACCAGCAGUUUGCAGGUGGCUGCGCCAAGGCAGCGGAGAAGGCGCCCGAGGAGGCGCCGGCUGACGCGGCCCGAGCGGCAGACGAGCCGCAGCUGCUGCACGGGGCCGGCAUCUGUAAGUGGUUCAACGUGCGCAUGGGGUUCGGCUUCCUGUCCAUGACCGCCCGCGCCGGGGUCGCGCUCGACCCCCCGGUGGACGUCUUUGUGCACCAGAGCAAACUGCACAUGGAAGGUUUCCGAAGCCUCAAGGAGGGCGAGGCGGUGGAGUUCACCUUUAAGAAAUCUGCCAAGGGUCUGGAAUCCAUCCGCGUCACUGGCCCCGGUGGUGUGUUCUGUAUUGGGAGUGAGCGGAGGCCAAAGGGGCGGAGCGUGCAGAAGCGAAGGUCCAAAGGAGACAGGUGCUACAACUGUGGUGGGCUAGACCAUCAUGCCAAGGAAUGCAAGCUGCCACCCCAGCCCAAGAAGUGCCACUUUUGCCAAAGCAUCAACCAUAUGGUAGCCUCGUGUCCACUGAAGGCCCAGCAGGGCCCCAGUUCUCAGGGAAAGCCUGCCUACUUCCGGGAGGAAGAGGAAGAGAUCCAGAGCCCUGCCCUGCUCCCAGAAGCCCAGAAUUGAGGCCCAGGAAUCGGGUUAUUCUUUGGCUAAUGGGGAGUUUCAGGGAGGAGGCAUCAAUCUGCAGAGUGGAGAAAGUGGGGAUAAGGGGGGGGUUGCGCGGGUAGCUUGCACUGCCGUGUCUCAGGCCGGGGUUCCCAGUGUCACCCUGUCUUUCCUUGGAGGGAGGGAAAGGGUGAGGCAAAGGAACUCCUACCAUGCUCUAUCUCAAAGCAAGUGAAGGCUUUUGUGGGGGAGCCACCCUAGAACCUGCAUGCUUUAUCUGAGGCUUGGCCAAGUGACUGGGAUAGAGAAGUUCUUCUUUUGUAGAAGGCUGUGUGAUAUUUCCCCGUGCCAGACAGGAUGGGAAACAAGUGUCAAACCAAGAUUCAUGACCCUCCAAGCUACUGUGUUCUGCGGAAGGGACUCUCAGGAGCAAGGCGAGGCUAUUUUCACACCGUGCUUACUCAUAACCCAGUCCUGCGACGCUGUGCUGGGAACGGUGUCUAGCAACAGGUUGUGAUGACAGGAAAAGAGGGUGGUUGGGGGAACAACUGCAGACCACCUGCUCCCACCCCACUCCCAGCCCUCUCUGGGCCAAUGGGAUUUUAAUUUAUUUGCUCCCCUGGGUAACUGCACCUUGGGUCCCACUUUCUCCAGGAUGCCAACUGCACUAUCUACGUGCGAAUGACGUAUCUUGUGCGUUUUGUUUUGUUUUUUUUUUCUUAAUAUAAAUAUUGGGUUUGUAUUUUUGUAUAUUUUAAUCUUAAGGCCCUCAUUCCUGCACUGUGUUCUCAGGUACAUGAGCAAUCUCAGGGAUAAGUCCGUAGCAGCUCCAGGUCUGCACAGCAGGAAUACUUUUUUUGUUUUGUUUUGAUCACCAUGGAGACCAACCGUUUGGAGUGCACAGCCUGUCAAACUACCUCAUUAUUGCCGAUUACAGCUGGCUUUUCUGCCAUAGCAUCCUUGAAAAAUGUCUCACAGGUUUUAAUUGAGCUGCCCCAAGAUUUGAUCUGGUUUUGGCAAAAUAUAGGAAAUCAUUCUAAACAGGAAAGGGUGGUGCCAGAGACAUUAAAGGGCUGGGCCAGGUGAAGGCGCAAGAGUGACUUUCCGUACCAAAUCCAUCCUUUUGCCAGAUUAGUCUAACCUGCCACGCACAGCAGAGUGUGAGUGUUUGUGUGUGUGUAUGUUGAUUUUUUUUAAUGCAAAUUUAUGAGAACGAGGUGGUUUUUGUUUGUUUGUUUUUUGAUACUGGGGAUUCUGGACUUCAUAUGUGCUAGGAAGUACCCUGCCACUGCGUUAUCCUGGUAAGGAUGCAAUUGAAGACCAAUACCCUUAUUCCCACACUAUGCUGUCCAGGCAUGGGAAUCCUUAGCCUUCCACAAUCUUGGCUUCCAGAGAGACUCACGAGUGUGGGCCUCUGUGGCAAGUGUCCUGCCCUGCUGUAUCGUGAUAGUUGAUGGGUAAAGGAAAGAGGGGGUGGGGAGUUUCGUUUACAUGCUUUGAGAUCACCACAAACCUUCCUCACUGUGUUGAAAUGGGACAAAUGCAAUAGAACACAUUGGGUGGUGUGUGUCCGAUCCUGGUUUCUUGUUUCCCCCAAAUGCUGCCCCCGCCCCUAAUUAAUUGUAUUUGUCUGGCCUCUGUAGGACUUUACUGUCUCUGAGUUGGUGAUUGCUAGGUGGUCUAGUUGUGUAAUAUAAAUGUGUUGGUCUUCAUGUUCUUUUAAGGGGUUUUAUUGUUUACAAAACUUUUGUUGUAUUGAGGAGAAAAAAAUAGCCAAAGCAUCUUUGACAGAAAGUUCUGCACCAGACAACAUCUGAAACCUAAGUGUGGGGGUCCUCUUCUCAAAGUGAGCCUCUGGAACCAGGCUUUCCCUUCCGUGCUCCUCCCCUGUCUCCCAUUCUGGACCACAAUGUCCUUAAGGCAUCUCUACAACUCUUGAAUGACCCACGUGAAAGUUCUGAAGAAGCCACCAACCUCAUUCUCCCAUUGUUCCCUAACUUGAUGAAGAGUUUUUGGUUGGUGGUUUUGAGGCAGGGUCUCACUCAGUAGCCGGAGAUAGCCUCAGGUUACUGGCUAUCCUCCUGCCUCAGACUCUGUGCAGGGAUUGCAGGUGAGGCACUUCUCCUUAGCAAGACCAUCACCAUCUCAUGGUGUGAUUCGCCUUUGGACAGAUCAAACCAAUGUCAUCUGUCACCCUAGGUAGCGAGAAGCAAUUGUGGGGCCUUCCAUGUAGAAAGUGGAAUCUGGAGAGCAGAAAAGGGACUAUGAAUGAAUGUCCAGGUGAGGCUCUCAGGAACUCAAUGCCGGUGCAAGAAACUUAUGUCAAAGAGGCCACGAGAUUGUUACUAGGAGACGGACGAAUGUAACUCCAUGUUUACUGCUAGAAACCAAAGCUUUGUAAGAAAUCUUGAAUUUAUGGGGAGGGUGGGAAAGGGUGUACUUGUCUGUCCUUUCCCUGAUCUCUUUCCUGAACUGCAGGAAACUAAGCCCCGCCCCUAGGCUUGGGUGACCCCGCCCCUGGGGUGUUUUAUUUCAUGGCUGAUUUUUGCUGUACCCGCGUCCUUGUAUCCCUAUCUCCUAUCGUAUAAUCAUUUUGUAACCUUUACCUUCUUCCCUUUUCUUCCCUGGGAAAAAUAAAAACUUAUUGGUACUCAAAA